GGCCCUGGAAAACUAUUUUCUAUUCCCCUACCACUUCUCCUUGGAUUGGGAUCCACACACCUUUGCGGUUGGAGAUCUCCAUGAGCAACUCAUGCCUUCGGCUGUGGAGUCGCCGGUGUCAUCGCAGGCCUCGACCGGUUACUUGCAGGACGCGGUGGCAAAGUGGAAGGAUCCGAGCAAACAGAGACGCCUGGCUUUCCUGCCUGUUCAUGAUCCGUCACCGACGACGAUGACGACGACGAACAAGGCAAAAGAGCUCCAAGAUCUUCUUCAACUAGGUUUUCGGGAUACAGAUUGUCAUGGACAUCCCUUGCGUGAUUUGAACUGCAUGCUGCAAGAUAAUGCAGUAAAUCCAGUUCGAUCCCCUUCGAACGCGCUGCUGAAGCCCAAAACUCAGGUCGCUGCGCUGCAACUACUCCCAGUACAAGAGCCACUCGCCUCUUCCUCGUCCUAUGAAGAGCCACAGCACAUCAGAGAAGGAAACGGAAAGAAGCCUUGCCUCGUUGCCUCCAAAGUAAAAGAACGUGCUUUCCAAGGUAGUUCGUACGACGGCCAGCCACAAUGCACUUUCCCUUUGUAUUCGCAGAAUCCUGAUACUUGGGCUCAUGGUAGAUUGCGAGAGGAGGCGAUUCAAGAAGAGCAAGGGCAAGACCGACGUCGUGUACCCCUUCGCCGUGGUGAAGCCCGGGGGCGAAGAGGGAGACGUGACGCUGGACGACAUCAACGCAAGGAUUCUGAUGCGCCCGAGGCGACCGGUCCGCCACCCGGUGGGGGAGUACGCCGACGGCGCCUGUGUUACGCCGGUCGGGCGGGGCCUCUCAGGCAAGGCGGUGGUAAGCCUCACGAGGAUCCAAACACAAGGGAGGGGCACAAUAACGAUCGUAAGGACAAGAGGAUGAAGUCACUGCGGCCACUUGUGUCGUGUACAUGAAGGUUAACUGGUCUCGAACAUGUAGUACAAGCACUGCUGCCCUAAUUUAAGGCUCGCAUCUUCACGUCUCAUGCUCUGUUUCCUGGCUUAACAUAUCCUGUAUCUAUUGUAUGGUUAGUAGAUAUAACAUGUCAAGAGACCCAAAGUCGA